UAUAAAUAUAAUGUAGAUUCCAAAUUAUGAUAGAGAUUCUGUGUGCUCAUUUUUCAAGAAGCUUACAGGAGAUAUUUUGUUUUAUUUAGAUGAAAUGAAAUCUGAUUUUGCUAAAAAUCCUCCUUAAACAAACAUAAAAGAUAGAGUUUUAGUAUCUAUGUUAUUAAAAUUAGUUAUGGAAAGAUAAAUAUUAAUAAUCUCUUAAUUAAUGCAUAAUGACUUAUAUUAUGAAAACAGAAUAAGUGGAUGUGUCAUAAUUCUAAUUUAAAGAAUUCUUAGAUAAGGUGACUGAUGAAUAUUAAAAUGAUCAAGAGUUUAUGGAUUUAUUGAAGUAGUGUAAUUAGAGCAUAGAAAAUUUAAAGGAUUUCAUAAGAACAAAUUUGGCUAAGGAUCCUUCAAUAUAUGUAAUAAAGGAUAUUUGAUUUGAUGCUAAUUUGUAUUUAUAAUUGAAAUAAAAAUAAG